GGGACGUGAGCACUUUGUCUUUUCUCAGAUGUGACAGCGUUGUCAUAUCAUCACAUAUCAGCACAGUGAGUGACAGCUUCAUUGGAUCAUUUUUUAAAACUAUGCUAGAAUAGCCCUCCUCUUUUUCGAGGCUUUUGAGUUGAUCAUUUUAUCGUCUGAGAAAGUUCAUUCUAAACAUGUCUAAGGAUCAAGAAAAGAGUAAAACGCUUUUGGUAGAGAUCCUGAAGAGACCGGCGAAUGGGAGCUGUGUGGAUUGCGGAGCUGCUGAUCCGGAUUGGGCAUCCUGCACCCUGGGUGUGUUUUUGUGUCAGAGCUGUUCAGACAUCCACAGAAACAUCUCCCAAAUCAGCAAAGUUAAAUCUAUCCUGCUGGCGCCAUGGAGUGAUGUUGAGGUAGAGUUUAUGCUGUCCAAUGGCAACGAUGCUGCUAAAGCCAAAUAUGAACAGAAGGUGCCUGCUUUCUACUACCGUCCAACUCCCACCGACUGCCUGCUCCUUCGGGAACAGUGGAUCCGAGCCCGAUAUGAGAGGAAGGAGUUUGUGUGUGUGGAGAGACAAGAACCCUACUCUUCAGGGUACCGAGAAGGGUUUCUAUGGAAACGGGGCAGAGACAAGGGACAGUUUCUGAGCCGGAAAUUCAUUCUGUCUGAGCGGGAUGGAGCUCUGAAGUACUUCAACAAGCAUGAUGCCAGAGAGCCCAAGGCCCUGAUGAAGAUCCACACCCUGAAUGCCUCCUUUCAGCCGGAGAAGAUAGGCCAGCCCCAUGGACUUCAGAUCACUUAUCUGAAGAACAACAGCACCAGGAACAUCUUUGUCUACCAUGAGGAUGGCAAGGAAAUGGUGGACUGGUUCAAUGCCAUCCGAGCAGCAAGAUUUCACUACCUUCAGGUGGCUUUUCCUGGUGCCUAUGACACUGAUUUGGUGCCAAAGCUAACUCGGAACUACAUCAAGGAAGGCUACAUGGAGAAGACAGGUCCAAAGCACACAGAGGGCUUCAAGAGGAGAUGGUUUACACUGGAUGACAGGAGACUCAUGUACUUCAAGGAUCCACUGGAUGCCUAUGCACGCGGUGAAGUGUUUAUUGGGAGUAAGGAAAACAGCUACACUGUGCUCCCUGGCCUGACCCCGUCCACCCAGGGCUACCAUUGGCAGUAUGGCAUCACCAUAGUAACGCCUGACAGGAAAUUCCUGUUCACUUGCGAGACCGAGGAGGAGCAGCGGGAUUGGAUGGCUGCAUUUCAGGGCGUGGUCAACCGACCUAUGCUACCCCAGGAGUAUGCAGUGGAGGCCCACUUUAAGCACAAGCCCUGAGAGUGGACAUUCCACUCUGUGCUUUGUAGAGCUCUUAGAUGAAGAGGAAGAAGAAUUCAGGAUUUUGGACAGGAGGCUAGACUUUUCACCAGGAUGAAUACAGUAAUAAGAAUCAAAAGUUCAAUGAGUUUAAAGGCCAAGUGUGAUAUCACCCAGAGAAAUAACUAUGAGGAUGUUCUCUGUACUGUCCUACUGCCAUAAUCUUCUGUUUUCCCGUGCCCAACAUAAUAUCAGUUGUUUGAAAGAGAGCCUAUCAUUUUGGGAUCUGUCCUUAAACUAUAGGCAGUCCGACCACGUAAACUACAAAGCUUUCGAAGGCGCUGGCCAUGCUGAAACAGGCACGCCGUCUACCCACCUUGCCUCAUCUAUCUACCAGACUCAGCUUUGCACCAACUUCACUCUCUAAAACGUCUACAUUACCUGGCUUUCCAUGCUGGACUCAAGUGUGUAUUUGCAGUAGUACCCUUUUCCCAACAAAGCUCCCACUUCAGGGACCUGGGUUCCAUUUCAGACACAAAACACUUUUCCUGCAAAUGUCUCUUGUAGCUCGUCAAUCAUGGUGCUGAAGUGAGAAAAUAACUUCAACUUUACAAAAGUGGUACCUGAACUGAAUUUUUCAGUAAGGUGGGAUGUGAACCUAGUGUUUUAAAAUGUUUUGAUAGCGUGGUCCCAAAUAUGUUGUUGCUGUUUUGCAGAUUCCCUGAUAGCUACCAAAGGCUGAUUGUUAUGUCAGCAAAACAGCAAAAACAGAUAUGGUUCCAUGCAAAAUGCUGCUUUUGCGCUGGAAAAUAACUUGAUAGUGAAAAAAAUAUUCUCUUCUGACACUGGACUGAAGAAAACAUUUCAAGGCCAAUGGGAACUCUGAAUGUCCUUUCACUGAAUGUGAAAGGACCAUAGUAAAUAAUUAGCAGGCUGUAACUCCAAAACAAAGAUUGACACUUUAUAGUUCUGUGCAAACAUCAUUCUCUAAAGGCCAGUUUAUACCUGGUUUAUACCUAACAUUGUUCCACACUUGAUUUUGUCCACAUUCUCUGACUGUGUCCACAUUCUAACAUUUGUAUAAAAGAUAAAAACACGCGUUGUGAUCAGAUUGUGUUCAGAUCUUAUGUGUCAACAGACAAGGUAAUGACCAGGAUUCGACCCUUAGAGAGGAUGCACACCGAACUGUGUUUAUACCUGUUUCUCUGUUAUUUGUACUGAUUUGGUCCACAUUCUCAAUGCAGCCACAUCUUUUGACGGGUGUAAAUUAUGGAAAGACAUUGCAAUCUGAUAAUUAUUGUAGACAGAUAAGAUCAGGACAAAACAUGCACAUUAGAAACAGGUAUACAUGGGUCCAAGAGAACAGGAAGGGGGCUUGAUAAGUGAUAUAUUUUCUUGGUUAUU